UUGUCAGCCAUCACAAGCCUGCCAUUGAAGGGGAAACCAAGAUGGCGUCCGUGAUAGGCUCCGAAGUGGAAAUACAACAUGAAGUGGAAGUCGAAGCUAUUCCAGUGGAAAUGCAAAUAGCAGAAACAAUUGAAACAACAGGAGAAGUGUCAGUACAACCUAUGAUAGCUCUACAACCACUGCCAGAGUCAGCUCAUGAGGAAAUAGUGUUACAAACACGAGAGGAGGUUGUCGGUGAAGCGAACCUCGUGUAUGCGGACGGCAUUCCUGUUCCAGCUCCUGAAAUUGAAAUAUCUACAGAGGAAACGACAACUUCGCGUAAGGGAAAGGGUGGGAAAAAGAAAGGAGGCAAAUCAAGAGGCUUGGUUAGUUCAGGAGUGCUUGGAUCAAGCGAAUUCAGUCUCGGGGACUCCACAUCUGCAAAGAAAUGGGAACAAAAGCAAGUGCAGAUCAAAACCCUGGAAGGAGAGUUUUCCGUCACUAUGUGGGCCACGGGUGCAGAAGAUCAGGGAAAAUUAGAUGAUGAUUCAGUUACGGGGGAUUCCGAUGCAGAUUUUACAGAAUACAUGACAGGAAAGAAACUGCCACCAGGAGGAAUACCAGGACUUGACCUCAGUGACCCCAAACAGCUAGCAGAAUUUGCCAGGAGCAAGAGCACGUUUUCCCCACAGUCCAACUUGCUGCCUGAUUACUCUCAAGGCCUUGAGUGUAACUAUGAACAGUUAGCCCACAGAAUCAAGCCAAGGAAACCUUCUGAUGAUGUGCCAAGAACAGUUCCAUGUCCUCAUAAGGGGUGUAAUAAAAUGUUUCGGGAUAACUCGGCCAUGAGGAAGCACCUGCACACACAUGGUCCCCGAGUGCAUGUCUGUGCUGAGUGUGGCAAAGCAUUUGUUGAGAGCUCAAAACUCAAACGACAUCAACUUGUACACACAGGAGAAAAGCCUUUUCAGUGUACGUUUGAAGGGUGUGGCAAGCGGUUCUCUCUUGACUUCAAUCUUCGAACCCAUGUGAGAAUACACACAGGUGACAGACCAUAUGUGUGCCCAUUUGAUGGAUGUAAUAAAAAGUUUGCCCAGUCCACCAACCUCAAGUCUCACAUAUUGACUCAUGCAAAAGCAAAGAAUCAGCCUGCCUACCAGAUCCCGGGGGUCCAAGAAGAAGAGGUUGAAACUAUUUAUCAAGUGAACUUACUGGAUCUAUGAUAUGUGACAUUUAGACCAGUAUGCUGGUUCAAUGAGAAUACAGAUUGUCAAGUGGUGAACAGUUAUGUGGAGUGUGUUUCCCCAAACAGAGGGGAGAUAACUCACAUGAUACGUGUAAAUGUGUCUUGCUCUUUACCUUGAUGUAAAGAGCAUAGUUUGAACACAAGUUCAGAACUUCCAUGUUGGAAUUUGUCGGUGCACCAGUGUUGAAGUUGAAAAGCAAGCAAGUUGUUACUUUAUCCCAUGGGGAUCAUGGUUUUACCUUACCAGAAAAUUGUCUGGAAAUGAAGACGAUCUACAAAUUCAGAACAUGUUCCUGUGAUGGAACUGAUGGAAAUGAAAUGGAGAAAAAAGACUCAAAAUACACUUUGAAUUUUCACAGAAAUUAGUAGGGGAUGGUUUUUCAAACACAAGUACAGAUAAAAGGCUACACAUGCCACUGCUAAUGAUUGCAGUGAUUAACUGGGCCCUAUCUUAUGUUUCUCGGCCAAUUGGUCAUCAGAUAGGGUUUACCACAACUAUGGUUCUGGAAGACAGGCAGUGUCAGCUUCACCUGAAGCUGGUUCUAACUGCUAACAUUUAUGUAAAUAACGGAUUCAUGCAUAUAUUGAGUAUACUUGUUUUGGCUUAAUGCUUGGCAUCUGUGUAAUUUGUUCAUUUUCAAAAAAAUGUAACGUAAUAGUAUGUAAAUAAAAUGUUACUAAAUAUA